AUGAUGGGACUAAUAAUUAAUUCAGGACAUAUAAAUUUAAAGAUGGAAUUAUUGAAGAAAUGUUUCUAAUAAAACAAAAUAAUAAAAUAAUUUAUUAUUUUUACACCAGUUUUUAGACAUACUUAAUAGCAAUUCUUUAAGAAGAUAACAAAUAGUUGA